GCGGCACAGGCUGGGCACCCUGGCUGCGGACCCAGUCCUUGGGCCCCAAAGGCGCCAUGUGGCUUUCGCUGCUGCUGCUGCUGCUGCUGCUGCUGGUCAUGCCGCUGCUGACAGUCCUCUACAGAGGGCACCUGUGGCCGUUCGCAGGCAGCUCCCCGAACCCCUUCUCCGAGGACGUCAGGCGGCCCCCCGCGCCGCUGGUGACCGACAAGGAGGCCAGGAAAAAAGUUCUCAAGCAAGCUUUCUCGGUGAGCCGAGUGCCACCGAAGCUGGAUGCGGUGGUGAUUGGCAGCGGCUUUGGGGGCCUGGCUGCAGCUGCGGUUCUGGCCAAAGCCGGCAAGCGAGUUCUGGUCCUGGAACAACAUACCAAGGCAGGAGGCUGUUGUCAUACUUUCAGAAAGAAUGGCCUGGAAUUUGACACAGGAAUCCAUUAUGUUGGACAUAUGCAAGAAGGCAAGCUUAACCGUUUUAUCUUGGACCAGAUCACUGAGGGGCAGCUGGAAUGGGCUCCCCUGUCAUCUCCCUUUGACAUCAUGGUAUUAGAAGGGCCCGAUGGCCGAAAGGAGUUCCCCAUGUACAGUGGGAAGAAAGCUUACAUUCAGGGCCUCAAGGAGAAGUUUCCCCAGGAAGAAGCUGCCAUUGACAAAUAUAUAAAGCUGGUUAAGGAGGCCUCCCAUGGAGUCGUCCUUGCUGUCUUGUUGAAGAUCCUCCCAUUGCGGGUAGCUCAGCUGCUCUGCAAGUGGCCGCUCACCCGUUUCUCUGCGUUUCUCCGGACUUCCACCCAGAGUCUGGAUGAGGUCCUGCGGCAGCUGUCGGCCUCCCGGGAGCUCCGGGCGGUGCUCAGCUACAUCUUCCCCACUUACGGUGUGACCCCCAGGCACAGUGCCUUCUCCAUGCACGCUCUGGUGACUAACCACUACAUGCAAGGGGCCUUUUAUCCCCGAGGGGGUAGCAGUGAGAUCGCUUUCCACACCAUUGCUGUGAUUCAGCGGGCUGGGGGCGCUGUGCUGACCAGUGCCACCGUGCAGAGUGUGUUGCUGGACUCCGCCGGGAAGGCCUGUGGUGUCACUGUGAAGAAGGGUCAGGAGCUGGUGAACAUCUAUUGCCCCACUGUGAUCUCCAAUGCAGGACUCUUCAAUACCUACAAGCACCUACUGCCAGAGAACGCCCGCUGUCUGCCAGGUGUGAGGCAGCAGCUGGAGACGGUGCGGCCUGGCUUGAGCGCCUUCUCUGUGUUCAUUGGCCUGCGAGGCACCAAGGAGGAGUUGGGUCUACAGCCCACCAACUACUUUGUCUAUUUUGACACAGACCUCGACAAGGCGAUGGAGGACUACGUCUCGAUGCCCAGGGAAGAGGCUGCGGCGCACAUGCCUGUCCUCUUCAUCGCUCCCUCGUCAGCCAAGGAUCCCACCUGGGAGGACCGGUUCCCAGGCCAGUCCACAAUGAUCGUGGUGGUGCCCACCUGCUAUGAGUGGUUUGAAGAGUGGCAGGACAAGGCAGAGGGAAAGCGGGGCAGCGACUAUGAGACCCUCAAAAACUCCUUUGUUGAAGCCUGUCUGUCAGUUGUCAUGAGGCUGUUCCCACAGCUGGAGGGGAAGGUGGAAACUGUGGUUGGAGGGUCCCCACUGACCCACCAAUUCUAUCUGGGUGCUCCCCGGGGUGCCUGCUAUGGGGCCGACCAUGACCUGGACCGCCUACAUCCUCACUUGAUGGUCUCCAUGAGGGUCCAAAGCCCCAUUCCCAACCUCUACUUGACAGGCCAGGAUGUCUUCACCUGUGGGUUGGUGGGGACCUUGCAAGGGGCCCUGCUCUGCUGCAGUGCCAUCCUGAAGCGGAACUUGUACCUAGACCUUAAGAAGCUCAGCUCAAGGAUCCAGGGGCAGAAGAAUUAGUCCAGCUGGGGAGGAGUCUGAGGAAUUUGGUUCGUGCUAUGGCACAACCCUUGACUUAGCCAUAAUGUCUUUCUAUACUGGUUCUUUCCUCAUGUAAGGCACUCUAAUCCAUUUCUGAUUUUUAAAGGUCUGACACACAGGUCAUAGUUCUUCAAUCACAGUUCUCAAGCUGUGCCUCUUUCAGCUCAUAGCUAACACUGCUGUCCCUGCUAGAAGGCCUGGAGUGGGCUAGUGACUUGGACAGCUUGUUUGGUCAAGCAGGGCUUUCACACUGCGCUUCCAUCGCCUCCCAACUGAGUAUUCUUUUGGUCAGGUGGGCAAAACCCUCUGAAGUCUUGGUCAGGUGAAGCAGCUUGGGCCAUUGUCCUGAGGCUUCUGCUGCUUCAUUCUCCUUGCUGCACUGAAGGAGUUCCACACUACUGUUGAAAAAGGGUCCCUUAAAGAGAUGCUUGUCAAAAUCUAGGCAUGGUUUUGGUUGUAGUUCCAUGGCUUCAGAGGCCCCCAGAGAGGCCAUUUUGGCUGGUUCCAGUGGCUCUUUCAGAGGGUGGCAAAAUGCCUCUGAUAGUCUCAGUGUGGUUGUGGGGGCUGGGGGUAAAGACGUUAGCAAAGUUUAUGUUAGAAUAUCCAAUUCAUAUGCAGCCAGGCCCUGGGUUUGUCUUCCUUAUUUUCAAGGUGACUCUGGGUCUUUAUUACAUCAGCACCAAGAUACCCUCAUGGAGCCCAGUACCUGAGCCUCAAAGUUUAUCUUCCAAAAAUCCACAGCAAAGGGUGAUGUUAGCAGCUAGGGCACUGGACUGGAAAGGUGACUUCAUGGGGGUUGAAGCAGACUGAAAGAACAUUCCAGGCCAAGGUUACAGCAGAUAACAACCACAGAAGUAACUGAGUGUAAGACAAAUAACCCAGCUACCUCCUAGACCGAGAACAGGGGCUACCUGCUGGGGAGGAGUGGGGCUGGAAAUCAAUCAGGACCAGAAUGUGGAAAGCUACAGAACGUGUGCAAAGGCCACGGGUGGUGUUCUCGUUUACUGGAACAUACCCAGUGACUGGAUGGAAAGGUGAACAAAGGCUGAAGGUUU